AUGUCGCGGAGCUCGCAGGGCGGGCGACCCGGCAGGUCCCCGCUGCCCCGCGGGGCCAGCCCCGGGUCCGCCGCCGCCCCGCUGCCGCCGCCCCCGCUGCCGCUGCAGCCCCCCUUCGGCCCCGGCAGGGCCAGCCCGGGCCCCAGCGGGCCGGCAGAGCUCAAGCCGGUUCGGCGGUUCAUUCCGGACUCGUGGAAGAACUUCUUCAAAGGGAGACGCCACCCCGGCUCCGGCUGGGAUAGCACGGCCUCCGAUAUCAGGUACAUAUCGGACGGGGUCGAGUGCUCGCCGCCUGCCUCUCCCGCCCCCCUGCAACCGGGGACCAGGACGGUGCCUGGCUCCUACACCGACCCAUUCGGGGGGUCGGGCGGGAGCUACAACUCUCGGAAGGAGGCCGAGGCCAUGCUGCCCUCCGGAGAGCCCUCGGGCUCGCUGGAGCGCCGCGGCGGCACUGGGCAGACUUACAGCGAGCGAGUGGAGGAGUACCACCUGAGGUACGCCUACAUGAAGUCCUGGGCAGGGCUGCUCAGGAUCCUCGGCGUGGCCGAGCUGCUGCUUGGCGCCGCCGUGUUCGCCUGUGUCACCGCCUACGUACACAAGGACAACGAGUGGUACAACAUGUUCGGGUACUCGCAGCCCUACGGAUACGGGGCGGGCAGCGCCUACGGAGGAUACUCCUACAGCGGGCCCAAAACGCCUUUCAUCCUGGUGGUGGCGGGAAUGGCGUGGAUCGUCACCAUAGUGCUGCUUGUGCUGGGCAUGUCCAUGUACUACCGAACUAUCCUCCUCGAUUCCAACUGGUGGCCUCUGACCGAGUUUGGGAUCAAUGUGGCCUUGUUCAUCCUGUACAUGUCGGCUGCCAUAGUAUAUGUAAACGAUACCAACCGAGGUGGGCUCUGCUAUUACCAGUUGUUUAAGACACCGAUAAAUGCGGCUUUUUGCCGUGUGGAGGGCGGUCAGACUGCGGCGAUCAUCUUCUUGUUUGUCACGGUGAUCCUCUAUCUAAUUAGUGCGGUGGUUUGCCUAAAGUUGUGGAGGCACGAAGGGGCCAGGAGGCACAGGGAAUUAAUGGAACAGGAGAUGAAAACGCAAUCCUCUUUUCCAGAAAAGAAGUGUGAAGGUGAUGACAGACCAAGGGAAGAAGUCAGUUACAGGCAGCUCAAAUCACUGGAAAGAAAACCAGAGCUACUUAAUGGUCAUAUACCUGCAGGCCACAUUCCUAAACCUAUAGUGAUGCCAGACUACUUAGCGAAAUACCCUGUAAUUCAAACAAAUGAAAUGAGAGACCGGUACAAAGCAGUAUUCAAUGAUCAGUUUGCUGAGUAUAAAGAACUGUCUAUGGAAGUUAAUGCUGUAUUAAGAAAGUUUGAUGAGCUGGAUGCAUUGCUGAAACAGCUUCCACACCAUCCUGAAAGCAUAUAUGAACAGGAAAGGAUAUUAAAAGUUCUGCAGGAAUACAAGAAGAAGAAAAACGAUCCUGCAUUUCUGGAGAAAAAGGAGCGUUGUGAAUAUCUGAAGAAUAAGCUUUCUCACAUAAAACAACGAAUUCAGGACUAUGAUAAAGUUAUGAAUUGGAAUGUAGAAACCUAGUAAUGACUUCAUGGAUACUAUUUUCUGGUUUUAAAAUUGAUAUGUGUAUUUUAAGCUAUUUAUUUACUCUUUAAACAGUACACUUAUGGGGAUUACUUAAUCACUGUCAUAUGUUUGGAUGUUGUACAUUACUGAUAGUUUUGUAUGCAGAUCCAAUUGUAAUUGAAGUUAUGACAUAAGUUAGGAAACUGCUGCUAACAUUAUGCUUUCAUUAGUGCAAAUCCUGGCCUCUUAAAUAUGAAUACUUUAUUUGAAAAUACUUCAUUUGCAAACUUGCAAGGCCUACCAGAGAAAGCAGUUUCCAUAUACCUUGUGGAAACUUUGCACAGAAAUGCUGUUAACAAUUUUGGAUUUUAUUUAUAUGUGACGUCUUAAUAAUAUCAGAAAGAACUGAGCUUAUCUUUCUGUGUGGGGUCUGAUGCAUUGUCUGAUUCUGUUGAAUAUUUUGAGCAAUUCAGAAGCUAGUUUAAUACGAAUUUUUGUAUUGUAUUUCCAAAUGCUGUAAAUUAUACCAGAAAUCAUCUUGAAUUUUGCCUAACAAGUGAGGAAAAAUAGCUUC